CGCCCACUCCGAAGAUCGACCGGGCAAGGAAGCUUGACAACCAAGCUUGAAUAUCAUUCUAUCAGCUGGGCCCGUGCCCCCUAGAGCUCCCGUUUCAAGCAAUCCGUGGUCUAUCAAGCGAGUGCGGCUAUUCACAUUCAAAAUUACCAUCCUAACCGCCCCGCAAAGCCUCAACCAUGAGUGAAAAGGCUCGUUUGAAGUGUACCAUCUAUGUGGGGGGUCUGGACCAGGCUGUGACGAUGCACACGCUGGCGGAGGCAUUUGUCCCCUUUGGCGAGGUCGUGGACAUCACCCUGCCGAAACCCGACCUGCCAAACUCGAACGAAUCCCACCGCGGCUUUGGAUAUGUGGAGUUCGACCUGCCCGAGGAUGCGAAAGAGGCUAUCGACAACAUGGAUGGCAGCGAGCUUUACGGACGUACAAUCAAGGUCGCCGCCGCGAAACCGCAAAGGGAAAGCAAUGAGGGGCUGGGCAGCAAGACAGCUAUCUGGGAACAGGAGGGCUACUUGGCCAAAUACGCAGUCAGCGAGGAAGAUAGAUUGGCCACAGAGCAGGCUCAAGCAGGCGCCAACGCAGAGACUGAAGACCCCAUGCAAGGACUGGUAGAGAUGGACGUUGCCGGCCCAAAGCCUGAAUGAAAUGCCCGGGACAUCUCCUACACGCCACGCGGAGUGCAUUGGCAGGGACACUACAGAUAUAAGGCCAGCCGUAAUACUGCACGAGCACUGCAUCAGAACCCUUCGAUUUAAAGCCGUACUAUAUACACGCGCUGCAACCCUGAGCUUGAGAUAUGCCGAGCUUUUUUUUCGUCGGCAUCCGCCGCGACACCAUGCAAUCUCCCUCUACCUCCCGUGGAUAGUACAGAUCGCCCUCAAAACAAAAC